AUGGCUACACAAAGCUGGCUGCUCCGGAGCCGAAGGAGCCGCCUUCGCCCUGAGGCCACGCGCUGGUCCGCGCAAAGCCUGGUGGGUAACGGCUGGCGCGCGAUUCCUCUCAGCACGGCCGGACCGGGAGCUUCCUCCCCCUUUCCUCAGGAUAGAUAUUUUAAGGAGGAGAGUGACACUCAGAGACUGGCUCAAAGGGUCCUCCAGCGAAACUUAAGUCAGCGUUCUUUCAGCAUCAUUAAAAUGGAUUUAGAAGACAACUAUGUUGAUGCUUUGGAUCCAGAGAAGUUAAUACAAUGUCCAUAUGAUCGCUAUCAUCAAAUCCGAGCCUGUCGGUUUCCCUAUCAUCUUAUAAAGUGCAGGAAGAACCACCCUGAUAUUGCAGAGCAGCUAGCCACAUGCCCCUUUAAUGCCAGCCAUCAGGUUCCCAGAGCUGAGAUCAGACAUCAUAUAUCAAGCUGUGAUGACAAAAGCUGCAUUGAGCUUUUGAUUGUUACUCUGUUAUUCCAUAAGCAAUCCUUUACCUUGAGUCAGUCGAAUAACUGCCACAGAGAGAUGAACACUGUCAGCAUGUGGCAGCCGUCCCCAUGUGACGAAGACUGGGAUAAAGAGCUACAGGAGCAAUCAGAUUCUGUGUUCGUUUGGGGCACGUUCAAUAGUGGCAUAAACAACAGCCCUGGGUCCAGCGUAGUGAUGGAACUAAAGAAUAACCUAAUGCCAGGCAUGAGAGCACCCAGGUCCUUGCCAUAUAGCCUAUCCUGGAAAAGCACAGCGGCAGCCCAGGGAAUGACUCUGCUGCAGUCGAGACGCCGCUCUGCUCCGGGGGGUGCGCGGGGACGCCGGCCGCUGAUGUCUCUGUGCGCUGAAGUUGGUCCAGUGGAGCAGGGAGGCGAGGAUGACGCCGGGCUCUCCCUUGCGGAGGGGGCUGAGGGAGUGGCAGGACCAGGAGGCAAAGGAGAGACUUUGAGUUAUUGCCCCCCUUCCCGUGCUUAACCCCCUCCCCUCUUUCUUCUUUCUCUCUCUGUGAAUUAUCACUAAUUCAAAAUAGUAGUGUGCAAGUGGACUGGAUAAUGGUAAUAGCGUAAUCUCUUGUUGUAACAUUCUAAACCCUACUACCUGAUUUUUAUAUUAAACACUUACUAUACAUCAUACAAUAAAUCCGACAGUAACAAAACCUAGGAAAACUUUAUUCUUUCUGUGUCUUAUUUAAAGUUUUCCAGUAAUCUCCUCUUGCUUCAGAAUGCCUCAU